AGUCCCAGUAUUAUACAGGUUUAGCACUUUUUCAGGCUAUUCACUGAAUUUCACUAAAAACAAAUUCAAAGUCUUUCCCUGUGAAUUUUCUAGCUCAAAGUGUUAAGUGAUAUUGUUGCAGCAUGAAUACUGCAGCAAGAUGGUGGAUCUCACGCAACUAUUGGCACAUUUGGUAAAACGUGUCUAAAUAGGGAAAGCAACAUCUAGGUAUUUAUAGCUAUGUUUUAAAUGAUCAGUCCGAUGGGAAUCACACAUCCCUGGGAAAGAUUUCUGUUUUCUUGUAAACCAUUUCCGUAAACCAUUUCCGUUUUCUUGUAAACCAUUUGCAUGUGUUUUCUUCAUCUGCAUGUGUUUCUGUAUCCCUGUCCCAUUGGCCCCUUGUAGCUUUGACUCCAGAUCCUAAUUUUAUUAAUAUUUUUGUUUUAGAAGGUAGGCUUAGUUAUCUAUUUAUUCCUGCAGCAUUUCUAACUUUGCGUGUGUUUUCUGUAUUUUCAUAUUUUCUGCAUUUGCAUGUGUUUUCUGCAUCCCUGUCACAUUGGCCCCUUGUAGCUUUGACUCCAGAACCUAAUUUUAUUAGUAGUUAAUAUUUUGGUUUACAAGGUUGGCUUAGUUAUCUGUUUAUUCAUGAAUUGCAGUAAUUUAUGAAAUUUUAAGAGUAAAGAACAAUCACAGUACCGUUAAGCUGCAACUGCUGGGCUCUGAACCCUGUAAACCUCAACUGCUCAGUUAUAUAAAUGAAAUAAAUGUAAAUCGUUCUGGAUAAGGGCAUCUCCCGAAUGAAUAACAUGUAAAUGAGAGUUAUUGAACCCAUCUCUAACCCUACGAUAUCAUCAGAUUUUUUUUAUUACUUCUUUUUCAAAGCCUCUUUAAAUAUGCGAGUCGGCUCCUUACGUUAAGAGCCGCAAGGAGCCGAAAGGUACGCUAGAAAGAGCCGGUUUAGAGAGUCGACUCGUUCGCUACCACGCUACAUCACUACUGGCAACCCUAUUCUACUGAGAAGAGAGGCAGUAACACGACCUAUGCAGUGCAAAGCAUACUAGGCCUGAAGAACGACAUGAUUGAAAUACAACUUCCACCAAAUUUGCGUCAUUGUGGUGCACCUGGAAAAAGGACAAUUAUACUUACGGCGGUUGGAUUACACCGAAUCGAGCAUCUAUGGCGAGAUGCCUGGCUCAGCAUAACUCAGCUGUACUAUGAAGUUCUUCAUAUCCUUGAAGAGGAUGGCUUGUUGGAUUUCUCAAUUUCUCUCCACAAGUUUUGUGCAUAUUAUGUGUUUCUUUCAUGACUAGAACAUUAUCUUCACAUCUUUACUGAAGGCUGGGACAAUCUUCCCUUACGAUCUGAAGGUGGCCUUACCCCUAACUAGCUGUGGAUACUGGGACACAUCCAGAAUUCAGACACUGAAGAGGAUUUUCAGGAUAAAUUCUCCUGAAAAUGAUUUGAUGGAGAAAACUAAUUGACUAAGAUGACACUCACAGAUCCACCAAACAUACUGGAAUCUGCUGUGUAUCAAACUGCUAAACUGAAUUCCAUCUCUAUUCACAUCAAGCUCUACUCUUCCUGUAAACAAUGUGAUUCCACAUGUAUCAGUGCACUGGAGGAUCCCUGGAACAACCCAAAAAAGCACAGUUGUAUGUUUGAUACUGCAUCUCUACACAAGCCCAAAUAUACCACAAUUGAAAUGGAGUACCCAUGUACAAGGGUGGACAGAUUUAUAGCCAACCCAGAUGCUGCCUGGAAUGUGCUAGCACAACAUAAAAUGCACAAAUUGCACCGUUUUUCAUCCCCAGAUCUUUAUAACAUGCAAGUAACCCCUCAAAUUGUGACUGCUGAAAUAGCUGGUGAGGUUGCACUUAGGAGAAGAACAAGAUCAAGAAGUGCUUCACGAGUCCAGACCAACUUCAUUCCUUUAAUAACUGAUGGUUCCCCUCCUGUGGUAAGAAGGAAUCAUGAUUUUCAAAGGUCUCCAAAACACUCUCAGUGGAAGCCAGAGAUGUCUACCAGAGAGUCCUUCUAUGGACCAAGUUGUACUGUUAUUAAUGAGGUACAUCCCAUUAAACUGCAGCCACAGAGGACUGAUAGCAUUAGGCACUCUCCUACUUAUAUGCCUGAAAGUUUGGAUGAGGGAAGGACUUUUAAACUUGCCAGUAGUCCUCACGUAAGAUGUCGAGUUGACAUUAAGCCUGAUGAGUUAGCUUUAUGCCAACAUGGUCAAAAGUCAUCCAUUUCAAGGGUGGACAUACCAUCGCAGAGGUAUAGCAGUAGUGGCAGUCAGAGUCUUACAGUACCUCCCCAUGUCUCCACCUCCAGAACACCAACUCCCACUGAUUAUUUCAAAGGUGAAUACACACCUACCUAUCAGUAUUCCCAAAGUAUGCCAACCAGUUACAUGCUGCCAUUAAAAACCCCACCACAAAGAAUACCUUCUCAAUUGGAGAUGAAACAAUAUGGAAGGGAGAGAAGAGCUAAGUCAAACCCCAGUGUGCCAGUUAAAUUCUCCAAUGUAGACAAUUUGGGAAAGUAUGAAUCUUCACCCCCAAAAAGAACUUACUAUCUAGAUGAAUAUUUUACCAUUCCUAGCCAAAGCUACUCUCCUAAAGUACAUUAUUUCCAAGAUAAAAAAACCCAUGUGGUUCAUACUAUACCUGACAGGCCGUAUUUCACAGAAGGAGAAAUUUAUCAUACUGAGCCUGAGCAGUACAUAAUACAGACACCCCCUACACGAACCUUAAUUGGGGAUGACCCUAGGACACAUCAGGUUCAAACAGUUCCCCCUAAGAUUUUUUAUGUAGGUGAUCCCUAUGUACCUCCACUGGAAACUUACAUUCCAGCCCAAGUAUACUACACAGAGGACAGGCGUCAUGCACACAUGGUUCAGCCAAAAUCACAUGAUUUGUAUGCCUCAGAUGUGUCUGGCUAUUCCACACCCUAUCCUUCAUACACAUCUCAAGUUAAACUAGCAAAAGUUAGACAAGAGUCCAUGCUUACUCCUUGGUAUAGUAACCUGUGUAUGGAGCCAACAAGAGCAGUAACUGACCCAAGGUCUCACUCAAGGUCUUGGGACAAUAUCCUCAAUACUCAUGUAGCACAGGAACAACCUGUGUCUCAUGGGAAAAGUGAUGAGAAUCUCCUAUGUCAAAGGAAACAAACUUUGUCAAUAAAUAACAGACCAAAACCUGUGGUUGUUAAUCUUUCAAGUUCACCUAGACGUUAUGCAGCUUUAUCCUUGUCUGAUAAUUCCUUGAUUGACAAAAGCCCAGUUGACACUAAGGGAAGCUCAAGCAAACAUUGGUAUGUCACUCCUGAAAUCACUAUUACAGACAAUGAUAUCAAACCUUGCAAGGGCUAUAAGGCAGAGGCACGCUCAUCCAGUUGGGAUGUGCUUGAUUCUAAAAGAGCUCCAGGUGAUGAGCUCCAUGCCUCUUACCAUGAGACAAUUCCCUUUCCAACUAAAGAUAAGACAAAUCACAGCACUUCACUUCAACAAAGCUUAGAACAACUUGACAAGCUUUUAGCUGACCUGGUCAUUGAUUAUAAACCACCUACUAGUAUACAGGCCAGUGAAGACUUGAUGGAUCAACUCAAGAAGCUUAUUGAUGAAGAGUCAUUAUCAUCAGGAAGAAAGAAUUCAAAGGCAGUAUAUGAGAGUAACAUGUCCCUUGACAAACCAUCAACAUCCAUAACAAUAGAUCCUCAGAACAAAAGAGACACUGAGGGGAGAUGUGAUGGUCUGCAAAAUAGUAAGGAGUGCUCCCCUGACCAGAGUCCAGAUGAGGAUGAGACAAUGAUGUGUUCUAACAAUAAAUGCCGUCGGACAGAGACAAUGUUUAAUGCUUGCCUCUACUUUAAAUCCUGCCACAGCUGUUACACAUAUUACUGCUCUCGCAACUGUCGCAGGGAAGACUGGGCUAUUCACAAGGAGAGCUGUCUGUAUGGAAGAAUUGGCAGUAUAUGUCGCCACAUUAUUAAAUAUUGUAGAGAAACUGCAGAGGUCCACAAAGCUUUCUCACGUAUAGCCAAAGUGGGAUACCUGUCCAGAGGAAGAGGUGUGCUGUUUUUGAGCUUUUCAAACCCUGGAUCAUCAACAAACUUCCUUCAGUAUGGACUAGAAAGCCUCCUAAUGUCUCCAACAUAUCUGUCCAUACGUGAACUAGAUAGUUACAUGGAUAACCUUGGAGAUUAUUGUAAGGAGCUCCAGGAAGCAGGUAAGGAAUAUGACCCCAAUGAAUGUUUUCUCUUGAAUGUAUCCAUUGCUGUUGGUGAUCAAGUGCUUGAGAGAUCACCACCAAGGGUAAAAGCCCCAACAGUUAGGAAGUAUGCCAAGGUUGCUUUAGCCUCUUACAGCCCAGAAAGGAAUGUCCAUGAGAAAGAACAUGAAAUGGAGACUUUGAUUCUCACUCCACCACCAGGAACAGCUGACAUCGACAAGGAAGGUGAAGAAGGGAGAAAAGCUAGAGAGAUUUGUUUCAUCAACAUUCAGCGGGAGCUAAGAAUUCGUGGGGUGUUCCUCCGCCAUGAGUACCCCCACGUGUAUCAGAAACUCUGUGAGUUUGUGGAGAGUAACAGAAGGUUUACUCCUACCAGUAUUUAUCCUAUUGACAAGAGAACUGGCAAGCAGUUCAUGUGCAUGAUAAUGGCUGCCUCUGAGCCACGGACUUUGGAUUGGGUUGCCACCCCACAUCUUCUAGAUGAUAUUAUUUAAACAAAUACACC